AGCCCAAUCAAUGGCUUAUCACUCCAAGUCUCUGAACUCAAGCUCUUUUUCUUCUUCUUCGCCCCAACCAAAUUGAAAACUUCAGCUUGAGAUUCUGCAAAUCAAGCGAAAAUGCUAACAGCGGAUAUACCUCCCAAUCAAACUAUUUACAUCAAGAACCUCAACGAGAAGAUCAAAAAAGAAGAAUUAAAGAGAUCCCUUUAUGCUUUAUUUUCUCAAUAUGGAAGGAUUUUGGAUGUCGUUGCCUUGAAGACGCCUAAGCUUCGUGGACAAGCAUGGGUUGUGUUUGAUGAAUUGACUUCCGCUAGUAACGCCUUCCGUCAGAUGCAAAAUUUCCCAUUUUAUGAUAAACCUAUGCGGAUACAAUAUGCGAAGACAAAGUCAGAUUGUAUCGCCAAAAAUGAUGGAAGCUUUGUUCCCAGAGAAAAGAAGAAGAAGCAAGAAGAAAAAGCUGAAAGGAAGCGUCGUGCAGAGGAAGCACAGCAAUCUGCAAAGCCGAAUGGCACAGGUUUUCAAAAUAAUGGUGGUCCAAAGGCUCCUCUCCAUCAUGGAAACCUGAAUGCUGAGCAGGCCGCACCAAACAAUAUUCUGUUCAUACAGAAUUUGCCUCACGAGACAACAAGCAUGAUGCUGCAGCUGCUUUUUGAACAGUAUCCUGGGUUCAGGGAAGUUAGAAUGGUUGAAGCAAAGCCAGGUAUUGCAUUUGUAGAGUACGAAGAUGAGGAGCAGUCUUCUACAGCAAUGCAGAACCUUCAGGGUUUCAAAAUUGCUCCUCAAUAUCCUAUGGCCAUCACUUUUGCUAAGAAGUAACCUACCCUUGUGUCAGUGAUGCUUUAUUUUUCGCCUUGGUAUAACUUUGUUUGGGUACGCUUUAUCAUAUGUAGUGAGUGCAAAGAUUAAUGCAUACCAUAUUACCAUGGUCAUGUAGAUCUGAAAGAAACUAAUGCCGGCAGACUUAUCUCUUGUGAUGUUUCAAAAUAGUUAACCAAGUUAGAUGAUUAUAUGAUCAGAGACUGCAUUUUCUGAUAA